UAGUUGUUACCGGGCAUUGGAGGGGAAGCUCUGAAACUUUCUCGGAGCUCCACUUAUAUCUCAGUCAUCGCCGACGGUCUAGAAUCUCAACGUUCCCUUUCCGGUGCCGCACCUUCGAACUUUAAAACUCCGGCUGAAAACUGUGGAGAAGUUCAGUUCUUGAAACUCCAGUCCGUCGGUUGAGCUCCGAAGGUGGAGUAAAUGUUGACAAAGAGCUCGCACAUGGCUACUUCUGUUUCGGGGAUUCAUGGCAGUUAUACAGGCUUUCUCGGUUUGCGAGUUGCUGGUGUUUCUAGACUUCCAUAUGGGAAUAAGACAUUGAAUCGAACGGUGGUUGAAAUCAAAUCAUGUCGGUUGGGAAGAGGAGUGAUUUCCGGAGGAGCGAUCCACAAGUAUCUUGUGAGGGAUUUUCGCGAUAAGCACAUUUCAUCUGCUGCUGGGAGGGAUGGUUACUACCAAUUGAGCAGCUAUGAAGAUGAAUUACCCAAGGAGGAUCCGUUUUGGAUAAGCCUUAUGAAGGAAGGCAUUUGGGGUUUGAAAUCUCUAUUUGCAUUCCUCGUAGAACAACCGAGCCAGCUCAAGCACUUGGAAUGGCCAGGUUUUCAGAGCACAGUAUGUCCCAUGUCAUGGUCUUAGUUCAUACUCACAAACACAAAUAACAAGCAUCGUGGAUCGUCCAAGCCUCGAGAUUUGUUUCCGAUAUCAAGCCUUGAGAUUUUGCUGUUGAUGGGGUUUAUUUCUUCUUUCCUUUUGCAGCUGAAGACUGCUACUCUCACUCUUGUCCUCGUUGCACUGCUCAUUGUUGCGCUCUCAUCAAUUGACUCCAUUUUGUGCUAUUUGCUUGCGUUGUUUCUGAGGAGAACACCGUGAGAUUCACUUUUGCAGAUCUCCCAUACAGCGCCAGGCGCUGCCAGCCACUUCCAGGUCUGGAUGAUAAAUGAUAAGCCUCCACGCUUGAAGGAUCUUUAUUGAAAAUCUUGAUUUUAAGGUAGUCACCAAGUGCAGCAUGGCUUCUGGACAUUAGAGAUGUCAAACAGAACCAGUCAGUUUGCCUGACCACCUUCCAUCAAUGUUGAAUGUUGUCGAUGUCGCCACUGUGUUUUGUCAUCUGAAUGAAUAGUCACAUUACUGGUUGAUUGAGAGAUUUUCCGUGUACACAGCAUCUAUAACAUGAGAGCAAUCCUUCUUUGUUUUUGUUACAGAUAACUUCUGUGGAUUAAUGCCAUGGCAUUCUAGGAGAACUUUAAAUAGAAAAUCCUUGCAACAGAAGGGAUAAUUGCCUGCAUGAUCAUGUCCUAGUAACAUUAGGAUUUGCCAAGAUGUAAGAUAUUGAAAAUCUCGGACCUCUAUGAUAAGGUAACAAGGAAGAUGUUGCAAA